ACCCUUUCCUCCAUACUAAAUUACUCCUAAUUAGCAAGGCCAUGAAAUCGCUGUGGGUCUGGAUUCUGAUCCUUUUCCUGGCCUCCGCGCAAGCUCAGCCGAGUUUCAUCUCGUGGGAAGACUUGAGACUCGGCGACGCAAGGUCCACUUUGGGAAACGGCGAUGAUCAGAGCAAGGUCAUCGUCGUCUCCCAGAACGGCUCCGGAGAUUCCCUCACCGUUCAAGGCGCCGUUGAUUUGGUUCCGGAGAAUAAUAUCCACCGUGUCAAGAUUCAUAUUCUUCCUGGCGUUUACAGGGAAAAGGUGCAUAUUCCGGCGAAUAAGCCGUACAUAACACUGAUCGGAGAGGAGGGGAGAGCGGGCGAGACGGUGAUAACUUGGCACGACAAAGCCGGGGACUUGAAUGCAGACGGCGGCUACAUUGGGACGUGGAACUCGUCCUCCGUCACCGUGCUAUCCGACUACUUCUGUGCAUCCUACAUCACUUUUCAGAAUACAGUGGUGGUGCAGGGAGAUUUAGGAGUGAACGGCUACCAGGCGGUGGCGCUGAGGAUCGGGGGCGAUCACGCCAUGUUCUACCGAGUCCGGUUCCUGGGGUCGCAGGACACGCUCCUGGACGAAAGCGGCUCACAUUAUUUCCUCGAAUGCUUCAUCCAAGGCACCACUGAUUUCAUAUUCGGCAGGGCAAGAUCCUUGUACAAGCACUGCAACAUAUCAGCGGUAGCGGACGGGUUCGCGAUCGCAGCUCAUCACCGCGACAGCCCCCUCAACGACACGGGCUUCUCGUUUGUCAACUGCUCCGUGACUGGAACAGGGGAUCUGUUCCUUGGCAGAGCAUGGGGAGCUUACUCUCGGAUUAUUUACUCCUACACAGAUUUUAACAUAACUGUGAGGCCAGAAGGAUGGCAGGAUUGGGGGUAUCCAUCGCGACGAAACACCGCGGUGUUCGGGCUGUACGAGUGCACAGGAAGAGGAGCGGUGAGAAACACUACUGAAAACUGGUCUAAAGUUAUGAAUAUCACAGAAGCAAUGCCAUUUUUAAACACAGAUUUCAUUGAAGGGGAGCAUUGGCUAAGGCUCUAGUUUCCAUUUUUUUUUUUUUUCAUUCAAUGGUUUAGUUUUUGUAUAGAGAGA